AGCCUACACAGCCAGACAUAGAGACACCGAAAACUACAAUUCCCACUGGCAAUACGGCUCCAGCCUCUCAGUCCACCUCCCUCCCCCACAGCCUCUGCUUGUCCCCCUGCCUCAGUUCUGGUAGCUGGGGUCAAAUCCGUUGUAGGGACUGACUCUGAGGGGACCUCGCACUAGGAUCGACGUCCUUCUUUGCUACUUGGCCUUACUCCCAGCCCGCGCUGACUGGGGUCGGGGGCGUGGCGCAGCCCUGACUCCGCCCUCACCACCAGGCUGCUGGGGCCUGGUCGCCAUGACGACGAGCUGUACACUACCACAGCUUUCCGGGCUGUGAGUGCUGGCUGCCCGACUGCCUGAGAGAUAUGGCCUCCCUGAAGCCAAAGACGCGGUUGUCCAAUUCCGUGACUAUGUCGAGAACACAGAUGUGGCCUUCCGGAGUCACCAGAGAUGACCCCAGCUUCCCAAGACACAAGAGCUUCCAAAAACGCAAGACUUCUCAGAAACGGGAAGGGCUGUCCUAUCAGUUCUCCGCUGGUGAUCUCUCCCCAUGGCCCACACACACCAGUGGCCAGACCAUUCUGUGUAAUCGGAAGCCCUGUUCAGAGGACUACCGGAAGCGAGCAGGUAGCUGGCAGCAACAGCCCCUGAACACUGCCAAGCCCAGGUACCUGGAGCAGCUAGAGAACUACCUACGCAAGGAGCUCCUCCUGCUGGACCUGGGCAAGGAUUCUGCCCAAGAGCUGAGGCUGCAGCCUUACAGAGAGAUCUUUGAGUUCUUCAUUGAGGACUUCAAAACAUACAAGCCAUUGCUCUCCUCCAUCAAGAAUGCCUAUGAGGUGAUGCUGGCCCAACAGAGGGAGAAGAUUCGGACUCUGGAGCCCCUGAAGGCCAAGCUGGUCACCAUGAAUGAGGACUGCAACGAGAGGAUCCUGGCCAUGAGGGCUGAAGAGAGAUACGAAAUCUCCAUGCUGAAGAGAGAGAAGAUGAAUUUGCUAAAACUCGUUGACAGAAAAAAUGAGGAGAAGAUGGCACUACAGAGUGAGGUGACCAAACUGAGGAAGAGCUUGGCUCAGGAGUACCUGCACUACCUCACUGAGCGCGAUGCCCGCAAGAUCCUCAUUGCAGACCUGAAUGAGUUACGAUACCAGCGGGAGGACAUGUCACUAGCCCAAUCCCCAAGCGUCUGGGGGGAGGACCCCACGAAGUUAACACUGGCUCUGAAGAUGACUCGGCAAGACCUGACCCGCACGCAGAUGGAACUCAACACCAUGAAGGCUAACUUUGGAGACGUGGUGCCCAGGAGGGACUUUGAAAUGCAGGAGAAGACCAAUAAGGAUCUGCAGGAGCAGCUGGACAGCCUGAGAGCGGACUAUGAAGAGGUCUGCAAGGAGCAUGAGAUGCUGCUGCAGCUGCAUAUGAGCACACUGAAGGAGCGGGAUCAGUUUUAUGCAGAGCUGCAGGAGAUCCAGCGCACCUCCACGCCACGGCCCGACUGGACCAAAUGUGAAGAGGUGGUGACUGGAGGCACGGAGCGCUGGACCAUGCUAGCGGAGGGCAAGAACAGUGACCAGCUGGUGGACGUACUCUUGGAGGAGAUAGGCGAGGGGCUGCUUCGGGAGAAAGACUUCUUCUCUGGUCUGGGCUACGAGGAAAGCAUCCCCCCUUUCCUUCGGUUUGAAGGCAAUGUGACAAACAUGAAGCCAACCAGGAAGGCUGUGGUCAACCUCAUCAAGGAAAUCUGGAAGGAACGUCUUAGUGAGGAGCAGACCCUGCAGAAACAGAAAUUCUCAGAUUUCUUCUACAAUUUCUUGGAGCGUCGCUUUGGGCCUGGUGAUGCCAUGGCCUGGGCCUACACUAUUUUUGAAAAUAUCAAGCUUUUCCGCACCAAUGAUAUCAUGAGUCAGUUCUAUGAGGUCUUGAUGGGAAAGAACCGAGAGAGUGUGUACAUCAGGCAGAAGGAGAUCACAGCACAGCUGCUGAAGGAGAUGACGAAUAUUGACAGUCAGAACGAGGGAGUAAUAACCAUGGAGCAGUUAAGCACUGUCCUCAAGAGCACCUUCCCCUUCAAGAAGGACGAGAAAAUUCAGCAGUUGAUGGAGGCAGGGGACUGGCAACCCGACAGCAGCAACACAGAAUUGCUCAAGUACCGCUCAUUGUUUGUGGAGGACGAGGAGGGCCAGAGCACACUCUUUGUGCAGAAGCUGCGGGAACAGUACUUAGAUGAAAAGGAUGAGUACUUACAGGAGCUGAAGCAGGAGCUGGGCCUGGAAUUCCGUGAGGAUGUGACCCUGUUCCGCCUCCGUGAGGCCCUAAUGAACAUUGAUCCCAGCUUGGACAAGCAGACCCUGAACAGCUAUUUGAGCGAGGCCAUGCAGAUCCCUGUGACAGAACUGCCAGAAGAGGGCGAGAAGGAGAAGGGCAUUGUGGUCAAUGUCAAGACUGCACUGGAACAGCUUCACAUGGCAGACAUCAGGCGCGUGGGCCCUCGAGAACAGGACCCUGCGAGCUAGGGCCCCUGAGAGUAGCCUGAGUGCUACAUGCUGCUAACCCCUGACUUCUAGCAUAAAACUGUUGGUCUGAAUCCAGGCUGUUCUCCAGGUUAUGCUGGGAGUCAAGGGGAGAAGGGGUGGCUUCUGCCCGGCGGGCCCCAGGAUAUACACCAAACUCAGCAUAUUCUG